GCACUCCUAUAUAUCCCCACGCCCCCCAAUCGCCACCACUCGCCGCCCACCUCCCUCCCCCUCUCCACUCCCCCCACCCUCCGCCGACGCCGCAAUGGACUCCGUCGCGUCGUGGGGGCUGACGCCGCUGGCGGACGCGGACCCGGACGUCUUCGACCUCAUCGAGCGGGAGAAGCGGCGCCAGCGGAGCGGGAUCGAGCUCAUCGCGUCGGAGAACUUCACCUCCUUCGCCGUCAUCGAGGCGCUCGGCUCGGCCCUCACCAACAAGUACUCCGAGGGCAUGCCGGGGGCCCGCUACUACGGCGGCAACGACGUCAUCGACGAGAUCGAGAACCUCUGCCGCGACCGCGCCCUCGCCGCCUUCCGCCUCGACGCCGCCUCCUGGGGCGUCAACGUGCAGCCCUACUCCGGCUCGCCCGCCAACUUCGCCGCCUACACCGCGCUCCUCAACCCGCACGACCGGAUCAUGGGGCUCGACCUCCCCUCCGGCGGACACCUCACCCACGGCUACUACACCGCCGGGGGGAAGAAGAUCUCGGCCACCUCCAUCUACUUCGAGAGCCUGCCCUACAAGGUCAGCGCCGCCAACGGCUACAUCGACUACGACAAGCUCGAGGAGAAGGCCAUGGACUUCCGCCCCAAGCUCAUCAUCUGCGGUGGCAGCGCCUACCCCAGGGACUGGGACUACGCCAAGCUCAGGGCCAUCGCCGACAAGAUCGGGGCCAUGCUCCUCUGCGACAUGGCGCACAUCAGCGGGCUGGUCGCCGCGCAGGAAGCUGCAAAUCCUUUUGAGUUCUGUGAUGUGGUUACCACCACAACACACAAGUCCCUCCGAGGACCAAGGGCUGGCAUGAUCUUCUACAGGAAAGGCCCUAAGCCUGCGAAGAAGGGCCAGCCUGAGGGUGCUGUGUAUGACUACGAGGACAAGAUCAACUUUGCGGUGUUCCCAUCGCUCCAGGGUGGUCCUCACAACCACCAAAUUGCUGCCCUUGCAGUUGCCCUGAAGCAAACUUUGACACCUGGAUUCAAGGCCUACGCAAAGCAGGUCAAGGCCAACGCUGUUGCCGUUGGAAAGUAUCUCAUGAGCAAGGGCUACAAGAUGGUGACCGAUGGAACUGACAACCACCUUGUUCUAUGGGAUCUCCGCCCUCUUGGCUUGACUGGAAACAAGGUCGAAAAGAUGUGUGACCUUUGUAGCAUUACAUUGAACAAGAAUGCUGUCUUCGGUGACAGCAGUGCAUUGUCCCCGGGUGGUGUCCGCAUUGGUGCUCCUGCUAUGACCUCCAGGGGUCUGGUUGAGAAGGACUUCGAGCAGAUCGCCGAGUUCCUCCACCAGGCAGUGACCAUCUGCCUGAACAUCCAGAAGGAGCACGGGAAGCUGCUCAAGGACUUCUCCAAGGGCCUGGUGAACAACAAGGACAUUGAGAACCUCAAGGUCGAGGUCGAGAAGUUUGCCCUCUCCUUUGACAUGCCCGGCUUCACGCUCGAGAGCAUGAAGUACAAGGAGUAGGAUGAUGAUACAUAUGCCAUGGUUGUCUCGCUUCUAAGCCUUGUUGGCCGCGGCGCAA